GACGUCACGGUCGGUGACUGUGUGAGGCUGCGGCGGCUCUGCUGCCAUGGUGGCCGGCCGCCGGUUAAGGGCCGGAGCUGACCUGCUGGGGGACCAGGGCGUCUUCGGGGCCGGGCGUGAGGGAACAGGAAUCUGCAGCCAGGACGGCGAGUCUUGUCUGAGCGUGCCGCAGGUGCAUCAUGUCUAGCCUGGGGGCCCUGGGCAGCUCCCGCGCCGGGCUAGGGCUGCUGCUGGGCACCGCCGCCGGCCUCGGGUUCCUGUGCGUUCUCUACAGUCAGCGAUGGAAACGGACCCAGCGCCGUGACCGCAGCCAGAGCCUGCCCAAUUUCUUGGACUACGAGCAGACUUCAGAGCCGGGACGCCAGGUGAUGCUGUUUCAGGCCUUUCCUGGUGAGGCUGGAGACGCCUCGGUGCUGCCCAGCCUUCCACAGGCAGGGCAGGAGAAGGUGCUGGACCGCCUGGACUUUGUAUCGAGCAGUCUUGUGGCCCUGCGGCAGGAGGUGGAGGAGCUGAGGAACAGCCUGCAGGGGCUUGCUGGGGAGAUUGUUGGGGAGAUCCGAUCGCACUUGGCAGACAGCCAGCGAAUGGCUCGUCGGCGACGGUUCCCAUUUGCCAGGGAGCGGAGCGAUUCCACUGGCUCCAGCUCUGUCUACUUCACUGCCUCUUCGGGAGCUGCGCUCACAGAUGCAGAGAGUGAAGGCGGUUACACAACAGCCAAUGCCGAGUCUGACUACGAGCGGGACUCUGACAAGGAGAGUGAGGAUGGGGAAGACGAAGUGAGCUGUGAGACUGUGAAGAUGGGGAGAAGGGACUCUCUGGAUCUGGAGGUGGAGGCGGCUUCAGACCCAGGGAGUGGUGCUCUAGAGGAUGGCGGCUCCUCUGCCUCUGAGGGCAUGCUGCCCCUCCUGCGCCAGGCUGAUGAACUACACCAGGGCAGUGAGCAGAACAAGCGGGAGGGCUUCCAGUUGCUGCUCAACAACAAGCUGGCGUAUGGAAGCCGGCAGGACUUUCUUUGGCGCCUGGCCAGGGCCUACAGUGACAUGUGGGAGCUCACCGAGGAGAUAAGUGAGAAGAAGUCAUAUGCGCUAAAUGGAAAGGAAGAAGCAGAGGCUGCUCUGGAGAAGGGGGAAGAGAGUGCUGACUGUCACCAGUGGUAUGCAGUGCUUUGUGGUCAGCUGGCUGAGAAUGAGGGCAUCCAGAGGCGUAUCCAGAGUGGCUUUAGCUUCAAGGAGCACGUGGACAAAGCUAUUGCUCUCCAGCCAGAAAACCCUAGGGCUCACUUUCUUCUUGGCAGGUGGUGCUACCAGGUCUCUCACCUGAGCUGGCUAGAAAAAAAAACGGCUGCAGCUUUGUUUGAAAGCCCUCCCAGUGCCACUGUGCAGGAUGCUCUCCAGAGCUUCCUAAAGGCUGAAGAACUGCAGCCAGGAUUUUCAAAAGCUGGAAGGGUGUACAUUUCCAAGUGCUAUAGAGAACUAGGAAAAAACUCUGAAGCCAGACGGUGGAUGAAAUUGGCCCUGGAACUGCCAGAUGUCACUAAUGAGGAUUCAGCUUUCCAGAAGGACCUGGAAGAAUUGGAAGUAGUUUUAGGGGAAUAAUCACAUUUCAAUGGCCUUCAAGACUUGAGGGAUACCACUCCACAAUUCCUCAGACCCUGCUUUGAUCAGGAAGCCAAGCAAGAAGGGCUUAGGGAUGCCCUGAUGACCCACUACCAUUCCUCAACAUCUUGUCUAUUACCCAUCAUUAAUUUAUUCUAAUCUGUUACCUAAUCUAAAUUGGGGAAGUAUUUGUAGCUGUGGCUUCUAUUCUUCUUCCCCUUAAGGAAAGUGGAAAAUCAAGACAUAGUCUGGGAAAAAAAAAAGUCUGGUACUUGCCUUAGGGUUAUGAAUGAUGGAGUCUUGAAAACUGCCGAGAGGAUGAGGCAGCCUCACUGCCCUCCAACUGCUAAUGAGAUGGGUGAAUUUCAAAGAGCCACAGGAAAAAAGCACAGAACCUGUCAUUCUAAUCUUUUUCACUGAUUAAUAUUCAACAUGUAUCUAGUCAUAAGAUCAUACCCUGCCAACCAGGACACAGGAGGGGUCAGAGGAGCCAAUUUAUCACUUGUCAUGUGGAUUCUACCUGUACUCCUGGGCUGAGUGAGGGGCUGGACCACUUGACUCCCAGAAUUCUGGCAGCUUUUGGAAUGACAGCAGUGGCAUAGAGUUUGAUACUGUGAAACAAUGGUCUGAAGAGUUGCCUGGAAUAUAUUUUGGUACAAGACUGAAAUAAAAUGAAUUUGAUUAGAAA